AGAGAGUCGACGACUCCUAACCAAGAAAAAGAAUAGAUAAUUUUUAUGCAGAAGAAAAUGAUAUCGGAAAGGAGAGAGUGAAUAAUUAAUCAUGACAGUGGAGGGAAUAAGCAGCAACGAUCAAGUGAUUUUUGCCACUGGGGGAUACGAUCACACCAUCAAGAUAUGGCAGGCACACACUGGAGUCUGUCAACGAACUGUUCAACACACUGUUUCGCAAGUCAAUGCCUUGGAUAUCACUCCGGACAAGCACGUGAUAGCUGCUGCUGGGUAUCAGAACAUUUUCAUGCACGAUCUAGCCUCGAGUAAUCCAAAUUCAGUGCUGAAUUACGAAGGAGCUUCUAAGAAUGUCACGAGUCUCGGGUUUCAGGAAGAUGGUAAGUGGAUGUACACAGGAAGUGAAGAUUUAUCCGCAAGAAUUUGGGACCUCAGAGCGAGUAAUUUUCAAUGCCAGAGGAUAUUCCAAGUAUCAGCACCAGUGAACUGCGUCUCCCUCCACCCAAACCAAUCAGAAUUGAUCGUAGGAGAUCAGAGUGGAAUCGUUCACCUCUGGGACUUGCGUUCAGACCACAACGAGCAGCUGAUUCCAGAAGCAGAGGCUUCCAUCCAAGACAUUGCGACAGACCCCGAUGGCACGUAUAUGGCGGCAGUUAACAACAAAGGAAAUUGCUACGUCUGGUCUCUCAGUGGUGGAGUGGGUGAGGAACCGACGAAACUCAAUCCAAGGCACAAGAUAUCAGCUCACAAGAGAUAUGCAUUGCGAUGUAAAUUCAGCCCCGAUUCGACACUGCUAGUGACCACAUCAGCUGAUCAAACAGCUAGGGUAUGGAAAACAACGGAUUUCUCGGAGAUGCAAGUAUUCCAGCACGAAUCCAAGAGAUGGGUUUGGGAUGCAGCUUUUUCUGCUGAUUCUCAAUACAUUUUUACAGCAUCUUCUGAUGGUGUUGCAAGACUCUGGAACGUCUCAAACGGAAAAAUCGAGAGAGAAUAUCAAGGGCAUCAAAAAGCCCUCACAGCACUAGCCUUCAGAGAUCAAAUUGUACCCUCCACUUGAAAUAUUACAAUUAAAAAAAACUGAUUCCUGUUUCAAACACAA